GGGGGUUUGGUUGGUCACCUAGCGACUCUUCAGGUGAGUGAGGGUCCCAUUCUACGUGAGCAACCACUGUCGCCGUCUUCAUUCGAUCGUCAGGGCAGCUGGGAACGUGGUGAAAUCGACUACACUGGUGCGGACCGAUUCUCGAACAUUCAGGCUGCUCUUGACAAACGUCUGAACAAAUGA